CUCGUGAGGACUUGACUCAGCUGGUGUCCUCAGUAAACAACAAUAAUCGGAGACAGAGUGGCGCCCGCGCAGGAUGGACAUGGACAAGAAAGACGACGGAAAACGGACCAGUUCGGAGCAGAGGAAGCUGCGUUCCCGUGACGCGGCCAGAUGUAGGCGGAGUCAGGAGACCGAGGUGUUUUAUGAGCUCGCCCACAGCUUGCCCCUCCCUCGCCGAGUCUCCUCCCACCUGGACAAAGCCGGCAUCAUGAGGGUGACGCUCAGCUACCUGCGGAUGCAGCAUCUCCUCGGACCAAUAGAUGAAAACCAGCAGGAGAAGGAAAAGGAGGAGGAGGAGCAUCCGAUGGACGCCUUCUACCCUCAGGCUUUGGCCGGAUUCGUCAUGGUCGUAACAGAGGAGGGAGACCUGAUCUAUCUGACGGAGAACGUCAACAAACACAUCGGUAUCACGCAGCUGGAGCUGCUGGGUCACAGUAUUUACGACUUCAUUCAUCCCUGUGAUCAGGAGGAGCUCCGAGACCUGCUGAUGUCACGUCCAGGCUUGAAUAAAAAACAGAUGAAAGAAAAGCAGGGCGAGAGGAACUUCUUCCUGAGAAUGAAGAGCACAUUGACCAACAGGGGGCGCACCGUCAACAUCAAGUCUGCCUCCUGGAAGGUUCUUCACUGUACCGGUCACAUGCGUCCGUUCGGCAGCUCCACAUCGGCCCCUGCUGCCCAGGUGAUGAGCGUGCUCUGUGAGCCCAUCCCCCACCCGUCCAGUGUCGAGUUCCCCCUGGACACCGCCACCUUCCUGACCCGCCACAGCAUGGACCUGUGCUUCACGCACUGCGAGGGCAGGGUGAUGGAGCUGGUCGGGUACAGUCCUGACGACCUGAUUGGACGCUCAGCCUUCGAGUUUUACCACGCGCUGGACUCGGAUCACAUCAGCAAAAGCCUGCACACAUUGCUGUCCAAAGGUCAGGUGAGCACCAGACACUACCGCUUCCUGGCGAACCACGGUGGCUUCGUUUGGGCUGAAACCCAGGCAACCGUCCUCUACAGCAGCAAGACGUCGCAGCCCGAGGCCAUCGUCUGCCUCAACUUCAUCCUCAGUGCCAUCGAGCAGCCAGACGUGGUCUUCUCCUUAGAGCAGGUCCGAUGUGCCCAGCCUAAAGCUGAACCCCCGUCACCGGCUUCUGCAACGGAUGACGGCGACAAAUCUGACACAUGUGACUCUGAUGCUGACGCUGAUCAUGUGAUGGAGUCCAGUCAGACGGACCUGUUCUCCAAACUGAAGGAGAAACCAGAGGAGCUCCUCCAACUGGCUCCUCAGGCCGGAGACGCCUUUGUAUCACUGAUGGGAGGCUUUAUUGAGCUGUCUUUUGCGAGUCCGUCCAGCUCCAGCUCCAGCUCCGUCCCUGAUGACCCUCAGGACCUGUGCAGUCCAGAGCUGAAGCGGCUCCUGUCGCCCAUCUUCAAUCACGUCAGUCCAGCUCCGUCGUCAUCACCAGCCUCCACACCUGAGCCUUCACUGAGCCCAUGUGAGGAGGUGCUGAUGGGGACCAGUGAUGUGGAGAAGUUCUUCGCUGUUUGUCCAGAGGAAGGUCAACGUGAAGGAGAAACUCCACAGAACAUGGAGGACAUGGACCUGGACAUGUUGGCUCCUUACAUCUCCAUGGACGAUGACUUCCAGCUGACCUUCCUCAGCAGCCUUCCAGAGGUCACAGAUCAACCAUCCUCCUCCUCAUCUUCAUCAGAACCGUCAGAGGUGACACCUGCAGGCACCGUGAGCAGGAAACGGACCCUGGACCUGGACCUGCCGUCUCAGCUGCUGAUUCAGGACAAGAGACGGAAACAGAAUCCUUCGUCAAUAGAAGAGGAACUGCUGCUCAGCCACAGGUUACUGGGCUGUCUGGAUGAAACCGACCAAUCAGAGCUGGAGGUGGGGCAGAGCCGUAAAGGGCGGAGUCAGCUGCUCACAGACCGGGACCCUAUUUUAGGAGGCGUUCAGGGACUCUGUGACACUUCAGCUCUGAUCAAGGACGUCUUCAUUGGCCCGCCUCCUGACGUGACUCCGCCUCUUUUCCCUAUGACCUGAUGGCGUUCCGGAUCCGGCUCGACGUCCUCACCUCCGCCUCCGAACCCGGACACGUCGACGCCGAACGCAUCUGAAAACACAAACACACCACGUCACACUUGAAGCUCCGCCUCCGUGGGGUCUUUAAAAUCGGACAGGUCAUGAGCUCUAUCGCCGUGGAAACGCCAGACCGACGGCAACCGCAAAACGCCCGUCACUGACUUCAUGCAACAGAUCAGCGGAACAGGGGGCGGGGCUACAGGUUUAUGCAGAGGGGUUUUUUACAAGGCGACCCUGAACGCCUCAGUGCAGCUACUUCACAUGUAUCGGGUUUUUCUGACAUUUCAUCCAUCGUCUCGAAUCUGAACCGACGUCCAACCUGGAGUUUUAUGUUUUUAUUCUUUUAUCAAACAUCAGUGGCAAAUUUUUACAACUUUUAUACAUGUUUUUAUAAAAGUGUUCAUUUACUAGAUUACUAGGAUGAAAAAAUCUAAUAUUGUAAGAAGAAAAUAAAGUCAGGGUUCUCACUAGGAUUUUUUCACAGCGUAGGGGCACCAUGUACGCAGCGCAGUUGUGUAGGGAGGUCCGGGGGCAUCCUCCCCCCGUAAGGCAAGGGAUGUUGCCGGGCGGGCGUCAGACAAGACCAGGCACGCAAAGGCCUGCUGAUUCUAUUGUUCUCACUUCCUGUCUGCAGCGCUUUGCGCCAAGACAAAGGAAUAUAUUUUGUCAAAUUCAAAUGUGGUCAUCAUUACGCUGAACAAUCACACGCACACAAAAACACACCGCUACGCUGGGUGGGAGAAAGCAUCACGGGUCUAAUCUCAGCGUCGGGGACCCUGACGUUCAGUGAUGCUAGCGAGAACCCUGAAAGUAGAUGAGUAGAAGUUCUGCUGUUACUGUUUAUUUUCAUGAAUAUUUUGUCUUUAUUUCUACUAGAAAUUUCUCAAUCUUGAAAUUUUUUGACUUUCAUCAUAAUAUUCCGACUUCGGUUUGAUCAUGUUAUGACUUCUCUCAAAAAUAUUCAGAGUUUAUUGCAAUAUUUGUUCUGUAUUUUUUACAAUAUUAUGCAUUUUUUUCCCCCUCAAAAUAUCACAAGUUUCAUUUCGUAUCGACUUUAUAAUCAUAAUAUUCUCAAUUUAAUUUCAGAAUUUGUUAAAUUUUUUCAAAACAUUACAUCAUCGUUCAUAAAAUAUUCUGAUUAGUAUUAUAAAAUUUGUUUUAUCAUAAUCUAACAAUAAAUGAAUGAUAUUAUGACUUUAAUUUCUUAGUGUUGGGAUAUUUUUCAUCAAAACUAACUUUUAUUAUUUUGACUUACAAAUGGCUUCUAAUAUAAGAUAAAAAAUUUUGGGGACUUUUUUUUCAAAAUAUUAUACCUUUAUUCCCUAAAUAUUUUGACUUUUAUCCUAAUAAUCCAACAUUAAUUUAGUAAAGUUACUUUUUAGCCUAAUAAUCUUACUUUAAAUUCAUGUUACGACCACUUUAAUUACAAAAUGACAUUGUUAAAUCCAAUAUUGGCCGUAAUCAUGUAAUACAGAUUUUCCUGACUUUUCUAACAUAAUAUUCCAACUUUAUUUUUCUGGCAUGACUUUUAUCACAAUAUUUCAAUCUGAAUUUGUUAAUAUUAUGUGUAUUUUUGCUAAAUAUUACAACUUAAUCGUCCAAAAAAACGUUUUAUUUCACACUAUUACGACAGUUUUUGGACAAAUUCAGAUGUUUUUCUCUCGUCAUCAUGAAUUUACUCUUGAAAUAUCAGAUGUUUUUUUCCAUCUCUAAUGCUCUGUUUUUCUAAUCUGUGGUGUUAUUACUGUAUUAAGAGCCUUGUGGGUGCGUUUGUUUUCCUGACCUGGAGGUGCCAGGCGGGUGGGGUUUAUCUGAACUUUGAUAAUGACAACACGACCUCAGGUUUUUUCUGUCACGGAUCAAACUCAAAGCCAUAAAAUGCAUCAGACUGGAUGCAAUCAGAUAAUUAUUGAUAUUCAAAUGUUCUGAUUAUUAUGCGUAGAUGUAAAAGAGGUGAACAGUAGCAUUAAGACGCGUUAGUGAUGAAAAAUCAACAGCAGUUUGUCUUUUAGAAUUUGGAUCUAUAUAAGAAACUUGUAGCCUCAUGUAUUUUAACAGCAGCACUCGACUUAUCGAUGAGUUAUUGAUUAGUUGGACUCAUUGGUAUGUUUAGUGUUUUUAUUUCAUGUUUAAUCCUUGUAACUGUUGGGAUUUUAAAGUGAAUGUGUUCUCGGUAACAGUCUGUCGGUGCUUGUUUGUGAAUCCUGAAGGUGAAUAAAGGUGUGGAAGCUGGG